GUGUACCGCGACGAGGCGACCCCGGUGGAGGACUUUUUCAGGGAGAGGGGCGUCCUCCUGGAUUUCGAAAUUACGGGGGGCAUCCCAGAGACGCUGCCCCGCCUGCUGGCUGCCCUCGCGCCGCACGCGGCGCGGGGCGGCUCUGCCGCCGCAGCCGAGGCAGAGCGAGAGCCGCGCGCGGCGGCGGAGGGCGGGCGGUGA